UGUCGCAUCUCUGUUGCAGUGGGACCAGGCUUUAUGCCGACAUCUGUUUUGGAAAUUUAAUUAGCCGGUGCAAUGAAAUUAAUUGCUUACCUGGUGUUUUUAUUAUGUUGCGGUUUUAGGCCCUUGGCCGCAACCCCCGACCAGCCGACCAUCAGCGAGUGCCCCAGCCGCAGCGUACCACAGAUUCGGGCGGAGGCGUCGCAGUAUGACAUAUCGCUGGUUUUUUACUACGUGUCGUGGGCCACCGAAGCACGAAGCGCGCGCCUUGUCUUCAACGGUCUUUCCCACUACUACCAGGAUUACGCCUACUUCGGGGCCAUCGAUUGCUGGCACCUGCUGUGCAACUGCAGCCGGACCUUGAUGCCGGCACCAGGAGUGGUCGGUGCCGGCGGUUAUCCUGAUAAGUGGCCAACAUUAGUGGUGCGCUUUGGCCAGAGACAGAUGCUGCAGUACCAGGGCGCCUGGAACUUCGAGGACCUCGCCCGUUUUAUGAACUACGUCAUUCAGCCGAUGGAUCGCGCUCAUACCAGCCAGGAGCUGGCAUCCAUCAGAAAGCAUUCUGACGCAGUGGUACUAGGCUUGCUGAACUCUCCCGAGGAUAGGGAGUAUCAACGAUACCUGGCGGCAGCGGUUCGCUGGCUAGAACUGGAUCCGGAAAGGAAUAUCCGUUUUACGGUCAAUUUCGGCGCUAGUGCAAAGAGAAUGCUCAAGGUCUCGGAGGCGGUACUUCCACAAUUAGUAGUGAUCGAUAGCCUGAACGGAAUCCACACUUUUAACAGCACUUCAGCGGACUGGAAGACCCUGGACAUUUUGCGCUGGGUGCGACACACCUUGAAAAACACCUCGCUGUUUUCAAAUGGCUAUGGAAACCCAAUGACUAUAGCCAUGAAAGCCAGACACGUUCCAGUACUGGCCAUGGGUGUACGGAUGAACCACCCACAUUAUUUAAGUGCCAUGCCAUUGGUGAUGGGCGAAGAAAUGGCCACGGCUCAAAAGAAACAAACCGACGGAUGCGAAGAGUACUGGAGCAGGCAGGAACAUAAAACAGACGAUUGGAUUUCUUUGAUGAAAAUGCCCAAAGAACUUUAUAGGGAGGUGAACAAGGCUGAUAGUUGCUAUCCUGUUUGGACACGAAACCAAGCCACCUUGGCUAACUAUUAUCGGAUUAAUAAGUACCUGGGCCAUCUGUGGACCCAGUACAGUCACCAACACGAGCUUGGAAUGUCGAAUGUGCCGCACUUACUGGCGCUCCACUCUCGGAAUCUCUGCCUGGCGCACACGCAUCACGGAACACCGGCUAUGAAGAUUGGGAUUGCCAAAAUGGUCACUAAAUAUGGCCAACUAAUCUGGCAAUAUUCAUCGGAACGCGCUGCCCACAAUCGCUCCCUCGCCGUAGUUAUUUUCGACUCCGUACGAUAUAGAGAUUACCUCCAAAAACUCGGUAUCCAUCAACAGCAUCAACAAGUUCAGGUUUUCAUCGUGGACGUGGCAGAAGAGUCUCUUUAUGUUAUGCCUCAGCAACAUCAAUUUUCAUACGUGGCCCUCAAAGACUUUAUCCGACAAUUUUAUGCCAGAAGCUUGCCAAGGACUCACCGCAAUGUACCAGCAUCCUGGAAUAAUUCCGAUCUAGGAAGAGUCUACAACAGGCAGUUGUUGCUGGAGGCACUCCAGAAGUCCAACGCCACCACUGUGGUGUUUAUGCAACGUCCGGAUUGCGCCUUGUCUGCUGUCCUAUCCCAAGCGUUCUUGCAGGUCACCGCUUUGCUCAGCAGCCCCGAGGUUCACUUCAUCCGAUUUGAUAGCCAAGCCAACGAUCUCCCUUGGGAGCUAGCCAUGCCAAUAUCGCCCUCCCUGAUAGUCUUUCCUAAAAACAAGCCCACAGAAUCUGUUGUGUUUCCGAGAGAUGUGCGGAUCGACGUUCAGAGCGUUUUCGCAUUUGUGAUUGCCCAACUCGACCCCGAGCAGCAGUUAAGGUCGAUCCUAACAAGCUGCAAAAGGCGAAUGCGAAACGUAAGGAGCUGCCUCGACUUUGCUCGUAACUUAGUGCUCCAGCACGUAAGUCAGUACCUCAAGUUCUGGGAAAUCUACAAGCAAGAGCGGGACUCGAUUCUAUCCCAUCUCAGGGAGUUUAACGAGCUACACAUGACCAUCGAGAGCAGCAUCCGGUUAUAACACUGUCCCCCACCCACAUGGGCCCCUUAGCCUUUUUAUUCGUUGGUAAUUCCUUGAUAAUCAGAUGCACAGUAACAUCUGUAUUUAUAAGUCCAAAGUUGUCUCUUCUUAAGGUAUUUAACACUCAUAGCUGUAAAUCUAGAAAAUUAUAAGUGGAUUCUUAAUAAACUGGAAUGUACAUACA